UUUGUAGAAGAUUGAGCUGCUCGUAACUGUCUUUUGGCGCUGGCUGCAGAGUAUUUCUUAGUUAGUCCUACCCGACUGGAGCACUUUAACACGUUGUCGCAAUAGUUUUGCCUAUCGUGUCAACGACAACAAAAUUCUCGGUAUGACUUUUCCUGUUCGUUGCUUCAAUUGGAUUUUUUUGUUUAUCUCGGCGAUUUUGGAAUUGGUUGCGAUAUAUAAUCUGAUUGAGCUGCUUUACUCGCACUGUGUGCGUGGUGGCGAGUAUGGGAUAUCGGUGUGGUUCUUUAUAUAUUUUCUACCAGCGAUUGCCGCUCAUACAAUUUUAUUUGUCCUUUUUCGACUAUUUUGUCGCACUGUCGGCCUGGAUCCCGUUGCAAUUGUAUUCAAUCUGACCAGCGGCGUCAUAUUGAUUAUUGCCACGCUUAUCGAACUCAUCGCGAUGAAGGAUCAUUGCGGCAAUGAGUUUGGCAAAUUGUUCUAUAUCUCUGGUAGCUGUGGACUGAUUGCGGGCAUAUUCCAUCUAGACGUUAUAUAAAGUCCUCAAGAAAGUCAAAAAAGAACCUAUCGUGACAUACUGAGAGUCGAUUAUAUUGUACUGGACGAAAUCGAAAUAAAUUAUGCCUGUUUAAAUUAACCGGUUUGGGAAGGGCAGUGUUGUUCUCAAGGUCUCAAAAACAAGAUUUUCUGAUUUAAAAAAAAAAAACUUUGUAAAUGUUUUUUAAUUAAAACGGAGUUAAAGUUAACAUUU